UCUACCCGGAUAAGGUGAGGUCACGUGAUGUAAAUAUUUGGCAGUCGACUCACCUUCAACAUUCCAAACAUUUCCUGUGCGGCCAAUUGUCUGUUUGCGGUUCUUCCUGUAAUGGUUUUGCGCCUCAAAUACCUCCAAAGUAUUUGGCAUCGCCUAGUCUUACCCAAUUUCCGUUUUAACUCGACCCGGAUGUGCUAAAUAGAACUAAUACCCCUUGGACAGGAUUGGAAUCAUCCACAUCCAAGAUGGCGGCGUGUUGGACAAAAAAUCGAAACCUUCUUCGAUUUUUUGUCGUUUUUGUCACGAUCUGCCUUUCUCGUGGGUCGGCACAAGACGUGGAGGAAGCUGUGAAGUGUGAAGAUCUUAAAACAGGACAGUACCACUGUCCCCAGCCUGCCAUAGACCCAGACACACAGGCAGCUCUGGGCUGCAGGAAGGAGGGACUCGUCACAGUGUGGUGUUCAGCAGCUCCAGGCAUCAACUGUACAGGAGACCUGAAGAAGGAUGUACCAUGUAGAUAUACGAAUGGGUACCACUAUGACAUCGCACUGUUAACAUCCAUAUUCCUGGGAAUGUUGGGGGUGGACAGGUUUUACCUGGGAUAUCCUGCAAUAGGGUUGCUAAAGUUGUGCACUUUGGGCUUCAUGUUUUUGGGUCAACUGGUAGACAUCAUACUGAUCGCUACACAGGUUGUAGGUCCUUCUGAUGGCUCCAAGUAUGUCAUCAACUACUACGGCCCCGGCCUGUCUCACAUCUACAUGGACAAUCAUACAUAUCUCAAACCACAGGAGGACUGGACAGUGUCAUAGCCAGCAGAA